AUGGAACAACCAGUAAAUCCUGAAGAAUUUCGUAAUCGAGUUAAACGAUUACUUGAAGCUUUCGUAUAUGACCAUUUGAAAAAAACUGGAUGUGAUGAUACCGCUAAAACUUAUUUCCAAGAGGUUGGUCUUGACGAUUGGCCUCCUGAAUGGUUAAAUUUGAACACGAACACAUAUGUCGAGGAGGUUAUUAAAACACAAGAAAAUUCAGUUGAUAAUGAAAGCGUUGAAAGGAGCAAAAGCAUAGGAAAUCGUGCUAAUAUUGAGGAUGAAAUCGAAGAAAAUGAACAUGAAGAGCGUGCAGAAGAUGGUAUAAUCAAAGAAGGGUUAGAAGUAAAUGAACGAAAUAAAGACGAGGGCAUAACAUCUUCAAUUAUUGAGAAUAAACCCAAUGAUGAAUCCGAAAUGUUUAUUCUUGGCGGUUUGGAUAAUGUUAUAGACUAUACCAAUCAAAAUUUGGAUACGAUUUCCAUUUCAUCUUUUGCUAAUAUAUCGUCUUCUGGAUAUUUUCCAAUAACAUCCUCAGUCGAUGAGUCUCCUAAUAUACCAUUACCUUUGGACGUUCCAGAUGGAUUCCUUAACGAAUGGUGGUUAAUGUUUUGGGAAUGUUUUAAUAAUUUGCGUGAACGUGAUUCGAGAAUUAAUCAUGACAGCGAUUAUUUUGAUCAAUAA